AUGGGAGCCACAUCCCAAAUUCCAGAGUGGUGGGGGCAUAUCAGAUUUACGGCAGGGGACUCAACAGACUGGGACAUUGGUGGUGGGGGACUGGGUAAGAUAGGGUCCUUCAAGGACAAGGCCCUCCAGUACUCCAAGCGGAUCAGACACCGUGGUCCUGACUGGUCGGGAAACAAGGUGAUCAACAACACCAUUUUGUGCCACGAGAGAUUGGCUAUUGUUGGACUUGACGCCGGUGCUCAACCAAUCACUUCCCCGGACGAGAGAUACACUUUGAGUGUUAACGGAGAGAUCUACAACCACAUUCAGCUUAGAGACGAGUUGAAGGACUACAAGUUCAAGACUUUGUCUGAUUGCGAGCCGAUCAUUCCACUUUUCCAAAAGUACGGCUUGGACUCUCCUAAAUACUUGGACGGUAUGUUUGCUUACGUGCUGUACGACAAGCAGGAGGACCGUAUCAUUGCUGCCAGAGACCCUAUUGGUGUCACGACGCUGUAUAUGGGCCGUUCUUCCCAGAGACCGGGUGCUGUGUUUUUUGCAUCCGAGCUCAAAUGUCUGACUGACGAGUGUGACGAGAUCAUCUUGUUCCCUCCAGGACACAUCUACGACUCGAAGACCGACGAGACCACCAGAUACUUCACGCCGUCCUGGUGGGACCCAGAGUCGGUUCCAACCACUCCUGUUGAUUACACCAAGAUCAGAGAGACUCUUGAGCUUGCUGUGAGAAAGAGACUGAUGGCCGAAGUUCCAUACGGUGUCUUGCUUUCUGGAGGUCUGGACUCGUCCUUGAUUGCAUCGAUUGCUGCUCGGGAAACUAAUAAGGCUGCCAAGGAGGCUGAUUCGCAAACCGAAGGAAUCGACGCUUCUCACACCUUGACCGGUGUGGACGAGCAGGGCCACCUUGCUCUUUCUGGAUGGACCAGACUGCACUCGUAUGCCAUUGGUCUUCCUGGAGCUCCAGACUUGGUUGCUGCCCAGAAGGUUGCUAAAUACAUUGGAACCAUCCACCACGAGCACACUUUCACUGUUGAGGAAGGAUUUGAUGCUCUUUCCGACGUCAUCUACAACUUGGAGACCUACGAUGUGACGACCAUCCGUGCCUCGACUCCAAUGUACUUGCUGUCCAGAAAGAUCAAGGCUCAAGGUGUGAAGAUGGUUCUUUCUGGUGAAGGUUCCGACGAAAUCUUUGGAGGAUACUUGUAUUUUGCUGCAGCACCUACUCCAAAGGAGUUCCACUCCGAGUGUAUCAAGCGUGUCAGAAACUUGCACUAUGCCGACUGUCUUAGAGCCAACAAGUCGACCAUGGCUUGGGGAUUGGAGGCCCGUGUGCCGUUCCUUGACAAGCAGUUCCUGAGCUUGUGCUUGAACAUCGAUCCUAAAUACAAGAUGAUCGACCAGAAGGCCGGUAAGAUCGAGAAGUACAUCUUGAGAAAGGCCUUUGACACCAGCGACGAUCCAUCUGCCAAGCCAUACUUGCCAGACGACAUCUUGUGGAGACAGAAGGAACAGUUCUCCGACGGUGUGGGAUACUCCUGGAUUGACGGAUUGAAGGAGCUUGCCGAGAAGAGCGUCUCUGACGAGGAGUUCGCUAAUCCAAAGCCAGAGUGGGGUACCGACGUUCCAACCACCAAGGAAGCUUACUUCUACAGAUGCAAGUUCGACGAGCUUUUCCCAUCCAAGGCUGCCGCAUCCACCGUCAUGAGAUGGGUGCCAAAGGCCGAGUGGGGAUGCCACGAGGACCCAUCGGGAAGAUACGCCCAGACCCACGAUUCUUCGAAAACAAGUCUCUCUUCGCUAGACUCCAAGUCGACCAUCCCGCGAAUACGCGAGCAAUACGAGUAUCUGAGCAAGAUCGUUCUUAUUGGCGCGUCUGGCUGUGGCAAGUCGUCCUUGCUCCAUCGGUACAUUUCGCGGGAUUGGCGUACGUUGUCCCAAACAAUUGGCGUGGGGGUCGCAUCUAAAGUGGUUGUGGUGGGGGACAGCACCAGGUUGAAACUCCAGAUCUGGGACACCGCGGGCCAGGAACGCUUUCGCGCGCUCACCAGGUCCUAUUAUCGCGGGGCCGGCGGAAUCGUGGUGGUGUUUGAUCUCAGUUCCAGAUCCAGUUUCCAGGCUGUGUUGGAGUUUAUCCAGGACGUUUACAACCUCACGCUUCCUGACUCGUGUAUUGUGCUCGUGGGUAACAAGAGUGACCUGGAAAGCCCGCUAUCCAAAACGGAGAUCACAGAGCUGGUCGAACAGUGCUCCAAAACGUUGCAACGGUCUGUCCAGUACAUUGCAACGAGUGCGCUAGAGAACUCCAACGUGGAUGCCAUCUUCGAGACCGUUGCCGGGUCGAUUGUCACCAAAGUGGAGCUUGGUCUGCUGAAUCCAGAAGACCCUUCCAGUGGAGUUCAAUACGGAGAUCUCAGUUACGAUGCCAUCACAAUAGCCACGCCUGAAAACCGCGGAUGCUGCUGA